AUAACAUGUGACGUCAGUAGGUUUAUGGUGCACUGGAAAUAUACUAGAGUCUAGUAGGGACACUAGCCUGGACGAGAGAGGCGGCGCUGAAUAUUCAUUGAGGUCAUCAAGAACUUCCGCUAUCCCGGGCAGAAAGUUGACCUCGCCGGCUGUUGUCAAAACGGGAUCGUGAUCGCGUGAUACAUCCUGAGUAUCAGCUAUGAGUAGCACAGCGGAUGUGGAGUCCCUGUUUGACAGGUUCUGGCAGUGGAGACACGCAGACAGUCCUGAGUUUGCUUCCUACUGUGGUAACCAUGACAACGAGGACUGCUGGGAUGACAUCAGCGAAGAAGCAUAUCUGAACAGAGAGGCUAAGGUUCGAGAGUUCCUGUCAGAAGCUGAAGCUUUGGAUGCCAGGUCGUGCUCCCAGGUAACCAGAGACAGCCUUGCCAUCAUCAAGGAAGACCUGAAAUCCUACCUAGAUGGGGCAAAGUUUAAGUGCUACCUGUUCCCUAUAAACUUCAUGGAGGGUAUCCACAAUGAGCUGCACCAGGUGCUAGGCUACCAAGACUUCAACUCCCACGUUGGCUACACGAAGUAUCUGGCCAAGCUCAAGGCAUUGCCUCACAGGAUUCUCCAAGUGAUUCCUGUCUUAAAACAAGGAAUAAAGGAAGGACUCACUAUGCACAAACAUUCCUUGGAAUCGGUGCCAAGCCAGUUGGAGAUGAUGAUAACAGAACCUGUUGAAGAAUCUGUACUGAUACAGCCGUUCCUCAAAUCAGAAGGGCCACUCUCUACAGAAGAGCUAGACACAUUGAAACAGCAGGCCGAGAGUGUACUCAUUACUAACAUCAGGCCUUGUCUGGAGAAGCUGAAAGACUUCCUAGUAAAUGAAUACAUGCAACACCUCAGGGCAGCAGAAGGGGUGUGCACGCUCAAGAAUGGUGUGGAGUUCUACCAGAUGUGCCUCAACUUCCACCUGUCCUGUGACAUGUCACCACAGGAAGUGCAUGACCUUGGUCUCAAGGAGGUUGCUAGGAUACGCAAACAAAUGCUGGAAAUAUCAGAAAAAGAAGGUUUUGGACAAGAUCUUAAAGCAUUCCAGAAGAAAUUACAUACAAGCAAGGAAUUCAGUUUCAGUUCAGUGGAUGAAGUGAUGAACUACGUCAAGGACAUCUGCUUUAACCAGAUCCGUCCCCAACUCCAUCGACUGUUUCACACCCUCCCAGACAUUCCUCUAGCGUUACAGUUAACACCACCAUCCAUGGCCAAUUCCCCAGCUGGGUUCUACACGGCUGGGACAGCAGACAAGUCCAGGCCAGGCCUCUACCAGAUCAAUGCGAAUAAGCUGGAGUCUUGUAAGAAGUACGAGUUUAUGGCGUUGAGUCUACAUGAAGGGGAACCAGGACAUCACCUGCAGCACAGCCUUUCUAUGGCUACAACUGUCCCCGUGUUCAGACAGUAUGUAGAGGACGGCAAGUACUACUUGACACCAGGGAGGUUCCCCAUGCACACAGCAUACAUUGAGGGUUGGGGCCUGUACUCAGAGUCACUGGGCCUGGAACUAGGAAUGUACACAGACAACUACUCCCUGUUUGGUCGCUACAGUUUUGAAAUAUUGCGAGCAGCUAGACUUGUUGUAGACACAGGACUCCACGCCAUGGGGUGGACCCAGGCUAAGGCUGUGGAGUACCUGGUGGACAAUACUCUGUCUGAUGAGUGGUCAAUGAGGAAUGAGGUCAACAGGUACAUCACCAUUCCUGCUCAGGCUUGUGCCUACAAAAUUGGUGAACUGAAACUGUGGGAACUUCGACACAAAGCAGAAAAGGAGCUUGGAGACUUGUUUGAUGUGAGAGACUACCAUGCAGCAGUUCUUCAGUGUGGGCCUGUUCCACUCACUUUCCUGGAAGGAGCCAUAGAAGAGUAUAUCAGCACCACAAAGGAAAACCAGGGCUCACCUUCCAAGAAAGCCAAGGCACAGUAAAUGCUGGAUUGGAACAGAUUCACCGACUAACCAGAAGAUGAUUUUAGCAAAUUGUAGUUAUGAAUUGACAUUCAGUUCAAGAUAUAAGACAUAUUGACCUCUGUGACUCCACAGUUUCAUGUGGAUUUGGACAAUUACAUUUAAAAGUCUUGUGUUCAAGAGAAAUACCUGAGAUAUUAUCUGAUUCUAGUAGUUAUUGUUUUUCCCCAUUUACCAGUAAGAUUCCAUGAAAUUACAAAGAUAUGAUUAGUUGAUUUAGGUGAAUUGUUCACGGAAUGUGAAUCCAGAGAUUCGUGUGAGUUUCCAUAGCAGUAAACACAGGUUUUGUUAAUACAUAUCCAUUGUAUAUUUGAGCAAUGUUAUUAUUGACCCCAAAUGGGUAAUAAUUAGGUUUGAUUCAAUGAUAAUCCAAACAUGAUGUGUAGGGUUGUGUUUGGUUAUGACAAUUUUGUAGUUUUGUGAAGAGCAUUUGAUAAAAGUUUGCCUUAUAUCUUGCCAGAAAAAUAGAUUCAGUAUUCAAAGAUGAAUCUUGGAGCCAUUUUUGAAAAAAUCACCCCCAGUCUCCUGGUGUCAUUUCUAAAUGUGUUGUCCCCAGUCUCCUUUCCAAAUGUGUUGUCCCCAGUCUCCUUUCUAAAUGAUUUGUCCCAAGUCUCCUGGUGUCAUUUCUAAAUGUGUUGUCCCCAGUCUCCUUUCUAAAUGAUUUGUCCCAAGUCUCCUGGUGUCAUUUCUAAAUGUGUUGUCCCCAGUCUCCUUUCUAAAUGAUUUGUCCCAAGUCUCCUGGUGUCAUUUCUAAAUGUGUUGUCCCCAGUCUCCUUUCUAAAUGACUUGUCCCCAGUCUCCUGGUGUCAUUUCUAAAUGUUUUGUUCCCAGUCUCCUGGUGUCAUUUCUAAAUGUGUUGUCCCCAGGCUCCUUUCUAAAUGUGUUGUCCCCAGUCUCCUUUCUAAAUGUUUUGUCCCCAGUCUCCUUUCUAAAUGUGUUGUCCCCGGUAUCCUUUCCUAAUGUGUUGUCCCCAGUCUCCUGGUGUCAUUUCUAAAUGUUUUGUCCCCAGUCUCCUUUCUAAGUGUGUUGUCCCCAGUCUCUUUUCUAAAUGUGUCAUUACCAGUCUCCUUUCUAAUGUGUUGUCCACAGUCUCCUUUCUUAAUGUGUUGUCCCCAGCCUCCUGGUGUCAUUUCUAAAUGUUUUGUCCCCAGUCUCCUUUCUAAAUGUGUUGUCCCCAGUCUCCUUUCUAAUGUGUUGUCCCCAGUCUCUUUUCUAAAUGUGUCAUUACCAGUCUCCUUUCUAAUGUGUUGUCCACAGUCUCCUUUCUAAAUGUUUUGUCCCCAGUCUCCUGGUGUCAUUUCUAAACGUUUUGUCCCCAGUCUCCUUUCUAAAUGUGUUGUCCCCAGUCUCCUUUCUUAAUGUGUUGUCCCUAGUCUCUUUUCUAAAUGUGUCAUUACCAGUCUCCUUUCUAAUGUGUUGUCCACAGUCUCCUUUCUAAAUGUUUUGUCCCCUGUCUCCUUUCUAAAUGUGUAGCCUCCUGUCUACUGGUGUCAUUUCUAUAUGUGUUGUCCCCAGACUCCUGAUAUCACUUUUGAAUGAGCCAUCCCUGGAAUCUUUAAUGGAAGAGACAUCUCUCCUGGAAUUAUUUCAAAAUGAGAUACCUGCAUAUCCAUUUCGUCUGAAUGAGCCAUACUUGUAUCUAUUCAGCCAUGUCAGUUUGAGUCAUCCCAGACAGGUAUCUGGUCAGGGAAGUUAGUGUGCCUUGUCAAUGUGAUGUCCAUUUCUCUGUGACAGUUUGCUGUCUCAAAUUCCAAUAAUAUUUGCCUCUCAACUGGAAACAUUUUAUUGAAAUAUCUUUCUAUUCAAGGUUGGAUCGGACAUUGCUUUUCAACUGUCUGCCAAAUAUUUCCUUAUGUGCAAAUAGUCAGAUCCAAUAUUACACACUAGAUAUCUACGUCAUAAUAUGAGUUAUAUUUACUGUUUUUACUGGAAUAAUAUAUUUUUUAAAAAGA